AAUGCUUCAGGAUAACGCAGAAGGAUAGACCUGGCCAUUUUUCGAGGGCCCACUUUUUGCUUCAGCUAACCGCAGCCAUGUUUUGUUCUUUUGCAUGGAUAUACGGAACACCACAGGCUACCCAACAUCUAAAAGAGAUAAACAUUUUUACCGACAAAUUGGUCAGGAUUGUCUGGGAUCGACAGGAAAUUUUAAGAUGUGGCUCACGCUAUUUGUGUUGGCACUUGCUUCGCAAGGGAUUCUAGGAGAUCAAAUCGAUAAAUACAGCACGGAAUCAAACGAUGACGAGGAUGAUGCUGAUUACACAACCGACGCGGACUUCUCCAAGGACUUCACCCAAGUGCACCACCCCAGGCCACUGAGCCGAGCACACGACCACCAGAGAUGGGAAGACGCCUCAGCGAAAGCGACAGCAAACGUAGUCGAGGCCGCGAUGAAGGCUGCAAAAGAGGCGAAGGAACACGCUGUUGUCGCCGCUGCGGCCGCCAAAAAAGCGUCGGACGCCGCCAAGAAAGCCGCUGAUGCAGUCGUUGCUGCCGCCCAAAUAGCGGCGGCGCAAACUGCUAGGCAGGCGGCACGUAUAGCUGCUGUGUCACCGCUAGCCGCUGCUGGGGCAGCUAAGAUCCUCGCAAAUAUCGCUGCAAAGAAAGCCGCAAAGCCCGCUGGGAAGGCAGCGGCAUCUCGCAAACGGCCCAUGCCCAAACCAACCUCCGCAUCAACCACCACCACAGCAUCCCCGAACCAAGUUCCUGAGUGGAAGAAAUCCCGCGACAGUUCAUCUCUAAAGUUGAGCUCCCUCUACAUCAAACUAACAACAAAGUUCAAAUACGAGUCAGACCUAAAUAACGUUAGGGGCGAGCACGCCAAGAAAAUCACCGAAAUCCUUUGCCACGCGCUGAAGUCCGCUUUGGAGUCCAAAAACCUCCUCGGAUGCGAAGUUCAGAAGUUUGAGAAGGGAAGUCUGGUUGCGUUCAUGAAGCUUCGUGUCAAGUUACCCCAGAACGAGGCCAAAAAGCUUCUAAAAAAAGCCGUCGCCUCCAAAUAUGUCGGAUCUAUUCCAGUGUCUAAAAUAGAGUACCCUAAGUCACCAUUGUCAGCCCCGGGGUCAAAGUCUACCAUGAAGGCGGGUGCCUCCCUAUCCAAGUGUCGCCCCUGCUGGUCCCUCCCUACAGGCAUCCGGCUGCUCAGGCAGAGCUCCUGCCCCACCGGCUACUGCGCCACCAUCCAGAUCAACCCCCAGCAGAUCGCCGCUCCAGCAGCUUCCGCCAUGUCUCACGCCACACCCUCUUACCAGCAGCCCCAGAUGCCCUCCUACCAGCCCCAGAUGCCCUCCUACCAGCCCCAGAUGUCCUCCUACCAGCCCCAGAUGUCACCCUACCAGUACCCCAUGCAGUCGGCUUUCGGUUCGGGUUGUCCACCAAUGUGCCAGCCUUCCGCCCCUAAUUUCUCGUGUGCGCCUGGGUGCCCCCAAAGGUGCUGUCGUCGUGGCAAGUGAGGUUCUAAGUGGAGUUCUAAGAAUUCUUAGAAUGCAAGCAUAUAGGCAAAGCCUUGAGGACAUGGCCUAAAUUCUUAGAGACUUCUUUGAAGAAUGUUCUCAGUUUGCCGAAUUCUUAGAAUAUAACUAUCUCUUUGGGAAAAUCCUUCGUAAUAUUGCAGAAUUCUUAGACUGCAAGCAUACAUAGGAAAAGCCUUAUCAAUUAUCUAAAUUCUUUGAACAUUUUAGAAGAAGUAUCUAAGUCUGCAGAACUCUAAUCAUGCAAGCAUGUCUUUUAAACGUCUUCGAAAAAUGGUAUACUUUGGCAAAGUUUUAAGAAUGCAAACGUUUAUUAUAGAAGAAGUCUCAGGGAUUGAUAUAAGUUUGUUAAACUCUACGAAGGCAAGCAGGGCUAAACAAAAAAAAGUCGCAGCAUUUUCUUGGAAGAAUUUCCCAGAACUCACGAAAUUCGAUUGAAUGUAUUUAAUGAAAAUGUAUAUGGCUAUGUUUUGAAGGUUGACUUUAAAACAAAUUGAGAUGACACAAAGGAAAAGUGUAAAACUGAUUCUUUGUUUUUUAACAGUUGGUUACCAAAUGAAGCUCUAAUUAAUAAACAUGCCACUGUUA